AAAACGUUAUCCAACACUGCAAGAAAACCCUACACCAAAAAAGCGGAUUCACGAAAUAUUUUGUUUUAUUGUAAAAUUUAAACAAUUUAAACAAUAUGUCGGCAGAUGUGCGUGAUAUUUUGGACAUUGAUCGUGCCAAUACGCCCGAAAUCACAAGGGACUCUUUUCUCGCCACAAAGAAACGGAAUUUCGAACGCACCAAACAUGCCUCACGGCGUCCAGAGGGUAUGCACCGCGAGGUCUUUGCACUGCUCUACACGGACAAGAAAGAUGCACCCCCGCUGCUGCCCACAGAUACCGCAUUGGGCAUUGGCGCGGGCUACAAACAGAACAAAGCACGGCUGGGCAUGAAAAAGGUGCGCAAAUGGGAAUGGGCACCAUUUUCUAAUCCGGCACGCAACGACGCCGCCGUCUUUCAUCACUGGAAACGCAUCACGGACGACUCCACGGACUAUCCAUUUGCCAAAUUCAAUAAGCAGCUGGAAAUACCAAGCUACACAAUGACCGAAUAUAACGCACACCUGCGCAACAACAUACAGAACUGGAGCAAGGUGCAAACGGAUCAUCUUUUUGACCUGGCCAGGCGCUUUGACCUGCGUUUCAUUGUGAUGGCGGAUCGCUGGAAUCGCCAGCAGCAUGGCAUCAAAACCGUUGAGGAGCUUAAGGAGCGUUAUUACGAAGUGAUUUCACUGCUGUCCAAGUCAAAGAAUCAAAAUCAGAAUCAGUCCAGCGAGAAGAAAACGUUUGUCUACGACGCCGAGCACGAGCGCCGGCGCAAAGAGCAGCUAGAGAAGCUCUUUAAGCGCACCAUCCAACAGGUAGAGGAGGAGCAAAUGCUGAUCAAUGAGAUGAAGAAGAUUGAGGCGCGUAAAAAGGAGCGUGAACGCAAAACACAAGAUCUACAGAAACUAAUCUCGCAGGCGGAUCAACAGAACGAACACGCCGCCAGUACACCAAGCACACGUAAAUACGAGAAGAAACUGCACAAGAAGAAGGUGCAUCAUCAGCCACGACCCUCAAAGGUGGACUCUGUGGUGAAUGCCAUCGAAAUUGGCAGCAGCGGCAUCAAGUUUGCCGAUCUGCGCGGCUCUGGUGUAUCGUUGCGCUCGCAAAAGAUGAAAUUGCCGGCGAAUAUAGGACAGCGCAAGGUGAAAGCGCUCGAGCAGGCCAUACAGGAGUUCAAAGUUGAUCCCGGCCCACCGCCCACGGAGGACAUAUGCACAUCGUUUAAUGAGCUGCGUUCGGAUAUGGUGUUGCUGUGUGAAUUGCGCACAGCUCUGUCCACGUGCAUUUAUGAGAUGGAAAGCUUGAAGCAUCAAUAUGAAGCUGCCUGUCCGGGCAAGACGCUGAACAUACCGCCCUCGUUAGUGCCCAUCAAGAGCGAGACGCUGGACAAUAAUGCAAUUUAAUGCAGUUAAAUACGCGUCCGUUUCCAUGGAAUACAAUACGCACGGCGUACUAAUCAUUGCGCUAACAGCCGUUGCAGUCGCAACCCGUUUUCCAAUCUCUCUAUAUUUGUGCAUGUGCGCUACUCCCAGUCUAGUUAGUUGAUAGAAUAAACGGAAAAAAAGAAAGAGAAAAAACAACAAGAA